AAACGGAGCCAAUCCUGCAGGAAAAACCGCUUUGAGUCCCGCAUUAAGAGAACUUCAUGUCAACAAGCGUGUAAACGUGGUUCUGAGAUCCAAACCGACGACUUCUGGACCCAGCAGGACGGCCGUUUUGCAGCCGCUGUGCUGACUGACGCUGCGGUUUGUCGAAGGUUAUGGGCGGAGCUUCCCCAACAUCAACCUGAAACAGGACAGACUUGUGUCAGAAGAGCGCAGUUGUUCCACGUUUCAGCCCGGUUCCGGCCCGGUUCCAGCUCGGUUCCAGCCCGGUUCAAGCUCGGCCCGGAUUCCUCUCUGACUUCCCCGUUUUCCCCGGAGCGCCGCUCAGCCAUGCUGAGCGAGGAGCAUCUGUGGUGCUGCAUCUGCCUGGACGUGUUCUCCAGCCCCGUCACGCUGCCCUGCGGACACAACUUCUGCAGGAGCUGCAUCCAGGAGCACCUGACCUCUGACCCCCAGCGUCGGUGCCCCAUGUGCCAGGAGCGCGUGGACAAGAAGCACAAGCUGGGCGUGAAUACUUUCAUAUCUGAGCUGGCUGUCCAAUACAGGCAGAGCGCAGGAAGGAAACCUGGAAGCAGCUCAGAGCCGAGAGAAGCGCCGUGCGGAGCUCCAGUCAGACCCAAACCGCUGACCUCCAGGUUCUCCAGGUUCUCCAGGUCCUCCAGGUCCUGGCUGCUCCCAGCUGCUGCCCUGCUAGCGCUGCUGCUCACGGUGAACCUGCUUCUCCAUCAGAGCCUGAGCAGCGGCGACGCUCUGCUGUCUGAGGCGGAGAGCGUCUGCUCCGAGCAUCAGGAGCCGCUGGAGCUGUUCUGCAAGAACGACCAGGUCAGCAUCUGCCGGCGCUGCGGCGCCACCGCUCACCGCUUCCACCAGCUGGUUCCGCUCAGCGACGAGUACCAAGAGAAGAAGGCAGAGCUCGGCAAGACGGAGGCCCGGAUCCAGCAGGUCAUCUGGCAGCGGCGGCUGAAGAUCCAGGAGCUGAAGCGUUCCCUGCAGCAGAGCGAAGACGUCGCGGACGGGGAAAUGGCGGACGGCGUCCGGAUCUUCAGCUCCCUGAUCCAGACUCUGGAGGCGGCGCAGGCGGAGCUGAUCGGGGCGAUCGAGGAGAAGCGCAGAGCGAGGGAGAAGCAGAGCCAGAGUUUGAUGGCCGACCUGGAGCAGGAAGUGGGGAAGCUGCGGCGGCGGCAGGUGCAGCUGCAGCAGCUGUUGGGCUCCAGCGAUCCGCUCGUCUUCCUGCAGAGCUUCCCGGCUCUGAACGCCGUCCCAGCCACCAAGGACUGGACCCAGCUUAGGAUGUGUCCGCUGGUCUACGACGGCCUGACCCGCACGGCGCUGCUGAGCGCCACCAACCAGCUGACGGACGCCAUCAGGAACGCCAUGCAGAAGCUGCAGGACGCGGCGGCGGCGAACCUCCACCGCUCCGCCGUGGACGUCCAUCUGGACCCGGACACGGCGCAUCCCGCCCUCCGGCUGUCCGACGAUCAGAGACGGGUGGAGCUGGGAGACGGCGGGAAUCCGCUGCCCUACCAGUCCAAACGCUUCGAAGCUUUAGUCGGAGUCCUGGGGAGGCGGGGCUUCUCCUGCGGGCGGUUUCACUACGACGUCCAGGUGAAGGGGAAAACCGCCUGGACGCUCGCCGUCGCCAGGGAGUCCGUCAGCCGGAAGGUCGAACUGGAGCUGAGCCCGGAAAACGGCUUCUGGACCAUCCGCCUCCAGAACAGGAAGGAGUUUGUGGCGCUGGCCAACAAACCGCUUCCUCUCUCGGUGGGUUAUAAUCCGGAUUGGGUGCGAGUGUUUGUGGAUUAUGAGGAGGGUCAGGUGUCGUUUUAUGACGUGGAAGCGGCGGUUCUGCUUCACUCCUUCACCGGGUUUUCCUUCACUGAGAAACUCUUCCCGUUCUUCAGUCCCGGUCCAAACGACGGCGGCAGGAACUCUGAUCCUCUGAUCGUCGCUCCUCCGACGCAACGUGCAGAAAAAUAGCAGCCAUCAGGAUUUAAAGAGGCAGUGUCACAUAAAUCAGCAUGUUAGUUAUUCCUUCGUCACAAACAAACAUGGAGUUUUGCUUUGACUCUUUCAUGGACAAUCAUUAAAUCUCCACGGCAACCAUUCAGCUGGGUGGACCUAGCUCCGCCCUCAAGACGCAGCUCCUCCCCCACUCAGCUCCUUCAGACUAGCCAGCAGCAAAUAGCAAAUAUGAUGGCUUUAUAAAUAUUGAGUUUUAAAUGAACUGCUUGUAAAUAAAUACAAAUUUAUAUUUUUAAUAAAUAUAAAUCUAAAGAAAACUUUCUGGAAAACUGUUUUCCUGUUAUGCAUCACAAAGAAUAAAAUUUUUGUUUUUGUUUUUUCCAGUUGGAGACAAAUACAUUUACUGCAGGUCAAAGUGCAUCAGGCAGGAAAACAGAAUUUUCGCUUUUGGCUCCUUUUACGUUUUUGGCCUUUGACUGAAACAGAUCAAACCAAAUCAAAGGUUCAGCCUGGAGUCAUGAAACCGA